AUGGACGCAAAGGAGGUUGCGAAGCAUAACUCGAGAGAGUCCUGCUAUGUCAUAAUUUCCGGCAGCGUAUAUGAUGUUACAGACGUGAUUGAAGACCAUCCGGGUGGCUCACAAGCAGUACUUCGCUGGGCUGGCCGUGACGCUACACGAGCCUAUGUGCCUAUACAUCCUUCGAACACACUCGAAAAACAUCUACCCAAAGACAAGCACCUCGGACCCGUCGAUCCCAGUACAGUCGAACUCGAGAAGGCCGAGCCCGAACAGACGAAGCCAUCAAGCCAACAUGGUGUCGAGACGGACAUUACCGUUGUCCAAAAUCUGGACGAUAUCGAAGCAGUCGCCCGCCAGAAAGUCUCAGCCAAGGCAUGGGCGUACUUCAACUCGGCUGCCGACAGCCUGAACUCAUUCCACACCAACCGUGCGGACUGGUCCAAGAUCUCCUUUCGACCGCGGAUCUUGCGAAAUGUAGCCAGGGCGAAUAUGAAACGGCGGGCGAGGCUCGGUCACCCAGACGGAGAGCUGUGCCUAGCUCGUGGCGCCGCACAGAGCAACAUUGUUUACUGCUCGAGUACAUAUAGUUCUGUGGCACAUGAAGAUCUUGCUCCAUGCUUUGGAAAGUCCAACGGGGGAGCUCUCACAUUCCAGCUCUACGUACCGAGAAAGAAGGAUGACUGCGAGCGACUCAUCAAGGUGGCUCGGGACCUAAAAUGUAAGGCUCUAGUCGUGACUGUCGACACAGCUGUAUUGGGCAGGAGAGAAGAGGACGAUCGUUAUCAAGCUCAGCUAGAAGUCGAUGAAGGCAGGCCUAUGGAAAGAACGAUUGCUACGAACGAGGAGGCUGAGGGUGGUGUUUUCCGCGGCGUCCACUGUUCGACGCUCGACUGGGAUGAUAUUCGGUGGAUUAAGCGCCUUUGGGGCGCGGAGAACGGGCCGGUGUACAUCAAAGGAGUCCAAACUGCUGAAGAUGCGUUGUUGGCCAUGCGAGAAGGGAUCCAGGGUAUCUACUUGUCUAACCAUGGAGGGAGACAGCUCGAUUUCGCCCCCUCAUCUAUCCGUACUUUGCUCGAGAUCAGGAAGUUCUGUCCGGAAGUGCUCGAAAAUAUGGAGGUCUAUCUUGACGGAGGUGUGCGCAGAGGGACCGAUGUUGUCAAAGCACUUUGCUUGGGUGCAACGGCGGUCGGGCUUGGGAGGCCUUUCCUAUAUGCUUUGAGUGCAUAUGGCACCGAUGGCGUGCUUAGGGCUAUCGAAUUACUGAGUGCAGAAAUCCAGACGACAAUGCGCCUCAUGGGCGUGACAGACAUCAAUGACCUGGAUCUUCGCCAUGUAAACACCAAGAUACUGGAGCGAGAGCUACCAGACGAGCUAUAUAGCCACCCACAGAGACCGUACAAGCUAUGA